GACAUUCGCGAAACAAACGGUGUUAAUGUAAAUAUUUCUAGAAAAUUCCCAUGCUAUUUUGUACACGAUGGCUGAAAUUAAACAAGACAAAGAUAAAAACAUAUUUCGUGACAUAAACGCAGAUGAUGAUGACCCAGAAGUUACUCAGAUUGAAAGCCUCUGUUUGAACUGUCAAGAGCAGGGUAUGACACGCCUCUUUCUGACAAGAAUUCCGUUCUUCCGAGAGGUGAUUGUUUCCUCAUUCGCAUGUGAUCAUUGUGGGUUUAAGAAUUCUGAGUUACAGCCUGCGGGACAAAUACAAGAGAAAGGAGUGAAGUAUACGCUGAAAGUGGUAAAUGAAGCGGAUUUGAAUAGGCAAGUUGUACAGACAGAGUCUGCCACUAUAUCAAUACCAGAACUUGAGUUUGAAUCACCACCAAACAAAGGAGUAUUAACUACAGUAGAAGGAAUAAUAGACAGAGCUGUUGAAGGGUUGAAUCAAGAUCAAGUUUUGAGAAAGAUCCAGCAUCCUGAUGUUGCAGAGCAGAUUGACAAGUUUGUGGAGAAGUUAAAUGAAUUAAAGACAUUAAAAUCACCUUUUCACCUGGUGCUUGAUGAUCCCAGUGGAAACAGCUUUAUAGAAAAUCCUUUUGCACCCAAAUCAGAUCCGGAGACUAAAGUUAUACAUUAUAAACGUACAAAGGAACAAAAUGAGGUGCUUGGUUUGCAGGAAGAGGAAGAAACUGUGGAAAAGCCAGAAGAAAAGUUUAAUGCCAAGGAUGAGGUGUUACAGUUUAUGAGUAAUUGUCCAGGUUGUACGGCUCCUUGUCAAUGUAACAUGAAGCUUGUUGACAUACCACAUUUUAAAGAGGUGGUGUUGAUGGCCAUUACAUGUGAUGCAUGUGGACUCCGUGACAGUGAGGUGAAGGGUGGGGCAGGUAUUGAACCCCAGGGCCGUAGAAUUACCCUCAAGCUGACUGACCCUAGUGACUUAACUAGAGAUGUCCUUAAGAGUGAUAUGUGCCGAGUGGAGAUACCAGAGUUAGAUUUUAGUACAAGUAUGACCUCAACUACCGGCAAGUUUACAACUGUAGAAGGCCUUGUUGAUGAUAUUAUAAAUGAGUUAAGGAAGACUAAUCCAUUCUUUAUGGGAGAUAGUACACAAGGGGAUAAAUUGUCCAAAAUAUCAGAAUUUUGUGAUAAACUGGAAAAGAUAAAAUCUGGUGAAAAUUUGGAUGUACAUAUAAUACUAGAUGAUCCUACUGGGAACAGCUAUCUACAGAAUGUAUACGCACCAGAUGAUGACCCGAACAUGGACGUUGUUAAUUAUGACAGGACAGUGGAACAAAAUGAAGAUCUUGGACUGAACGACAUGAAGACAGAAAAUUAUGAAGAGUCUUAGCAUAUAGCCAUCGGAAAAAAACUUUAGCAAUAGAAAAAACAAUAAGAUUAUCGUUAAAAUAAACGGAUACCGUGCUUUGUUAAGUGAAUUCAAACUUGUGAUAUUAAUUAUAUCUUUCGUUAUUUUGAUGUCUGAAAAUUAGACCAACUUUUUACAUUGUUUUAUUUAUAUGAUCUCUGAUUAAUUAAAGAAAGUCUUGAAAUGG